AUGGUCCAAGGCCAUCCCGACGCCGAUUUGCACCCUCAUGCAACAGGCCCAGCAGCGCAUAUUGUCAAGCCUCUAAAACUAUACUCUGGCUGGUUUUGUCCCUUUGUUCAACGAGUAUGGAUCGCCUUGGAGGAAAAGAAGAUCGACUACCAGUACAUUGAGGUCAAUCCAUACAACAAACCAAAGUCACUACUAGACCUCAAUCCUCGAGGGCUGGUCCCAACUCUUCAAUACCAGAACAAACCCUUGUUCGAAUCUACUGUGCUCUGCGAGUUCCUAGAAGAUGCGUAUCCCGAUCACACACCGCAUCUGCUUCCCAAAGACCCAUAUGACCGAGCGAGAACACGUAUCUGGACCGACUACGUCGGCAGUCGUAUCAUCCCAGCCUAUCAUCGCUUUCUGCAGCAUCAAGGCGAGGAAGGCCUGAAGGAUAAGCAGCAAGAAUUCCUCAAUCAUCUCAAGGAGUUCACUAAAGAGAUGGAUCCUGAGGGUCCGUUCUUCAUGGGCCAAGAAUUUAGCCUCAUCGACAUCGUGAUAGCACCAUGGGCGAACAGAUUGUGGGUGUUCGAUCACUUCAAAGGCGGCUCAGGAUUGCCGGAGGAGGGUAAAGGAGGGGAGGACGAGGAGGUUUGGAAGAGGUGGAGGAAGUGGUUGAGUGCAGUGGAGAACCGCAAAAGUGUGAAAGAGACGCUGAGCGAGCAGCGAGGCGGCGAAGGCGAUUAG